CAGGAGCAGCGAAGCGUUGGCUUUGUUGGCUUGGCAGUUGCCGAAGGAGGGCUUGUUCCGCUGCUUCUACCGCUAUGGCUACGUUAGUGAAGAGAAUCAUCAGUACUGCAAGGGCUCCCGCUGCUAUGGGUCCCUACAGAGCCAGCCAUGACACCAUAGGAAUCUGACAACAGCCAUUAGAAUAUUAAAGGACAUGUUCUUCCACAGGAACAGGAAGCUCAAAUACAAAGCCCAAAGCCAAGCAGUGUUAGUAGAUCGGACCAUGUAUAUCGCAGGGCAGCUUGGUAUGGAUCCCUCCAGUGGGCAACUCGUUCCAGGAGGUGCAAAGGAACAAACUCAUCAGGCCCUCCAAAACAUUGGGGAAAUUCUGAAAGCUGCUGGCUGUGACUCCUCUAAUGUGGUAAAAACUACUGUACUGAUGACCGACAUGAAGGAUUUUAGUGAUAUUAAUGAAGUCUACAAGCAAUUUUUCAAGUGCAACUUUCCAGCCCGAGCUGCUUAUCAGGUUGUGGCUCUUCCAAAGGGUGCCUGUGUGGAGAUUGAAGCUAUUGCCAUUUCAGGACCCCUUCAAGAUGCCUCACCAGCUAAAAUCUAACCAUUCUGAUUUCUUUUGCCAUGAUCAUUCUCACUAUAGGAUUGAGUUCUGCUACCGAUUCUCUCAAAAAAUGUUAUUCCUGAAUUGUGAAUCUGACUCAUUUAGGGGUAUUUGGGUGGGCAGAUUGACUCACAGGCACUAGUGACUGUACUAUUAAGGCUGUCUGUUUAUUCAUGGUAUAGCAAUGUCAUCAGUCUCAGUGACUUUAAGCUGUGUGCUGGCUAGCAAAUUUUGGGAGUUGAAGUUCAUACAUCUUAAAAUCACUGAGGUUGAGAAACAUUGGAGUAUAGUAUGACUGAAAGACAUUACAACACUAAAUAAUUCAAACUGCUUAAAAGCAUAUUUUGAGGGGGGAAGCAACAGAACUCUUCAGAUAAACUUGACAUAGAUAAGAGACAGUAGAUUUUCUAAAAUUGGGAAUCAAGAUUAACGUCUAGCUGUGUACCACAUUAAACAUAAUUGUAUACUUUAAAACAUUAGAAGAAAAAUCUAUGAAGAAUAAAUCACAUUGCUGUAACACUGAUCAGUGUUGAUAACAUCA